AUGGUGACUCCAAAAAUACGCGUUGUGGUAACAUACCUAAUUGACUGGAUGGUCAUUGUAAUAGUCGCUGCUGCUGGAGGUAGCUUGAGCUUUGUGGACGGCUAUCGGCGUCCGUUUGCUCUGACCGACGAGGCGAUCGCAUAUCCGUCCAAACCAGACAUUGUACCCUUCUCAGUCGUCGCUGCCGUUGCGCUGCUCGUACCCCUUGCCAUAAUUGCCGCGCUCACCUUCGGCUCACCCACCGACAUUUCGCGAAGAUCAAUCAGGAAGACUCUGCGCGAGCGUUUGUGGAUCACCAAUGCCGGCUGGUCGGGUCUUUGUCUCAGUGUUGCCGCCGCGCUCUUGGUCACCGAGGGACUGAAGACCAUUGUGGGGAAGCCACGUCCUGAUAUGCUUGCGGUAUGCCACGCUGAUCUCACCAACAUCACCAGGUACGAGGUGGGGGGCGUCGGGUCAUCACUCGAAUCCGAGGCGCCCAUUUUAGUCUCAGCCAGUAUCUGUCGCCAGUCCGACCAGAAGAAGCUCAGGGAUGCCUUCUCGGCUUUCCCCUCAGGUCACUCGUCCUUCUCCUGGGCCGGCUUGCUGUACCUCUCACUGUGGCUAUGCGCAAAAUUGUCGGCGCGGCUACCUUAUCUCGGGCACUACCAGUUGACGGGACCUGAAGGUGCUCUUCAUCAUGAUGCAGUCUCUCGAUCAAGCCGACAAGCGUCUGCGCCGCCACUCUGGUUGGUUGCGGUCGCAAUGUUCCCCGUCGGGACUGCUCUGUUCAUCAGUGCAUCUCGCUAUGCUGAUUUUCAUCACGCCGGAAUCGACAUCGUCGCAGGUGCUGUGAUUGGGAUUAUUACCGCUUGGUACAGCUUUCGCUUAUACCAUCUGCCGGUGCGUCGUGGAUUUGGUAUGCCCUGGGGUUUCCGAUCUGACCAGAUUGCGUUUACCGGGGCCCUUCCGUGGACUACUGAGGGUUCGGAGCACGUGGCUGAUGCUGGAGUCGACGUCGAGGCCGAAGCUCAGGGGACCGACAUGCGCACAUGGAGCGAUGGCGGACAAGCCGAAAGAGCAGCAGGGGAACCAAGUUCGGAACGGCCACCUUAA